UUCAUUGGAACAACAGCUAAACGUUCAACAAUAAUUUUUGAGCAAGUUGAUUUUUUUUCUUUUCCAAAUUUGUUUUUGAAAAAUGCGAGUCGUUAUUAAUCUUCAAGAUAAUGAUGGAGAGGAGCACAAUAGAAGCAAAAUUACGCUCAAUGACCAGGCGACCAUCGAAGCAUUGCAAAAAGAAUUGAAACGUAUCUUUCUUAUCGAGCCUGAAUUUCAACAGAUUUAUUUCGAUGAGAACCCAAUUGACACACUUUCUGGACUGUUGGCUCAUCUUGGUACUGGGAACGAGUACAAACUCGUACUUAAACAUUCUCGACUAAACAUGUGGGAUGCUUUCAAACUAAUGAUCAACGAUAUUGAGAAGAACAAAAGAAAGGAACAUAUCGUUAAGGAGAACGUGAAAAUUUGUAUUCAAUAUUUGGAAGCACUCGUAAAAGACAAAUUCUUUCAUGCUUACCCAAAAUUCGGAUUUACAAUGAUAGAGUUCAACAACAAAUACGCUCAUUAUGUAGACGUGGACCACGAAUACAUCAAAAUGGCCGCAAAAUUUUAUUUUUCCAUUCGUUUCGCAAACAGGGGUGAGAAUCCAGACGUAGAAAUAGCAUUUAAGCCAAAAGAAAAGAGCGGUGCUCAAGGCGGCUUGAUUUGUGAAGUGAGUAAAAGCGGAGCUCAGCCUACAAUAUAUCAUAUUAAGACACAUUUGGGAAUUUCAACUCUUACAUCUCAUCAUGUUGGGGUCGAUCUUCGAGAAUUGUUUGUAUACAAGCUUCUAGAACUGAUAAAAGUUGGCCCAAAAGUGCACUUUCUACGGAACAUCCAUGUAUCUCGAUUCGGAAUUUACAUUGCCACGGAAGAUGUUGCCGGAUUUACCCGAAAAAGUGAAGCAAAUAUGGUCGAGGAACAAAAGUCGCAACUCGAUUUACUCCGUCAUAUUCUUUUCCUAGUGGAUCUUCAUUCGGCAAAUUAUGGCAUUGAUGGUGAAAGAAAUCUGUGUAUUGUCGACUUUCAGAUUGGCAACCAUCGAAGUAGUGCUGACGGGCGAAGUUUUUUGGCACGCAACAAGACUUUUGCAAAGAAGUACAUUGAGUCGUGGAAUCUACAAAGUAACUUGGACACCGCUGAUCAUGCUAUUGUUGAACAAAAGAAACUCUUGGAAGCUAAACAUAUUGAUAGAAAGUCGAGCAAACAUUAUAAAGAAUAUUUCGAUAUAAUAAAAAAAAUUGUGGAUAAUGCGGCUCAAUGAUGAUAUUAAAUCUCAAUGUCAAUACUUUGCACUUAGAUUUUUUUGCUGUUGUCGAUGGUGUGUGUUCCACAGUCAUUAUCAAAAUAAGAAAAAUAUGAGCGACAUAAAGAAGAAAGAAUGAAAUCAUUCCAUUUAUUUUUGAAAUUUGUGCUGCAUAUUGACAAUUAAAUGUAUUGAUUUUCUUAUUAUUCAAUUUAAAAUAUUGAAUCAAUUUUGAAUGAAUAAAAAAUUAUUUGAAGAAAAAAAA